GUAGGUGCACAAGAGGGAGUGAGUGAGAGAGAAAGGGAAAAUGUGUUUUCUGUAUGCAUGAUUGAGGAACAUUUCAACCGGAUCUCGGGUGUAGUUUAAUGACAUCAGUUCAGUGCAUGCCUCCUGUGUACAGUAGCUAGCGCCUGGAACUAGCAGCAGAUUAAAAGUCGCUACAGACGUCUAUUUUACAAGCACCGUUUCUGAAGCAGAGGAUGGUCAGGCUGCACUGGAUGCAUGGGGUCUAUCAGAAGGAUCAUCGUCUGCUGCUACAGACUGUCUUGCUGAAAUUUCAGGCAGAUGUCAAUGUGAGAUAUGAGUUCUAAGCAUUACUCUGACUGGAUCCCUUACAGUGUUCUUGAUGACGAGGGCAGCAGUCUUCGGCAGCAGAAGCUGGACAGACAGCGAGCGCUUCUGGAACAGAAGCAGAAGAAGAAGCGCCAGGAGCCGCUGAUGGUGCAGGCAAACGUCGACGGCCGCUCUCGCACCCGCAGGGCGAAGCAAUCGGAGGAGCAGGCUCCACUGGUGGAGUCCUACCUCAGCAGCAACAGCAGCACCAUCUACCACGUGCAAGAAGCCGAACAGGAGGAUGUAAAGGUUGUAACGGACCCACAGGCACCCAGGUCUGCUAAAAAGGCAAAGUCAGCCCCAUCAGCCUCCCAAACUGGCAGCGCCAAAAAGGAGAAAAAGGGGAGACACAAAGGAAUCGAUGGGCCAGCUGCCUUUCAGGAUGAGGCACUGGACCUGGGCAAUCAGAUUCAGAUCCUGACAGUGGGACAGUCCAGCAUAUGUGAGGGGGAAGGAGACCCAGUGACCAGUACACAGCAGCAGGGCAAGCAAGACCUGCGAGUCACCAUGCAGAAAAAAGGCAUAUCCAGUAGCAUGAACUUUGAUGAAGAAGAAGAUGAAGAAGAUGAAGACAGCUCCAGUUCUUCUCAACUCAACAGCAACACCAGACCAGGAUCGGCCACAAGCAAGAAAUCGAACAAGGAAGCGGCGUCCGCGUCCACCCCCCCAGCCAGUGAACCCGCGGUGGACGUCGACGACCUGGAGGAGUUCGCCCUGAGACCGGCCCCCCAGGGCGUCACCAUUAAAUGCAGGAUCACACGAGACAAGAAGGGCAUGGACAGAGGAAUGUACCCCACUUACUACCUCCAUCUGGAGAGGGAGGAUGGCAAGAAGGUCUUCCUGUUGGCUGGGAGGAAACGAAAGAAGAGCAAGACCUCAAAUUACCUCAUCUCCAUAGACCCUACUGAUUUGUCUCGCGGUGGAGAAAGUUUCAUUGGGAAACUAAGAUCAAACUUAAUGGGGACCAAGUUUACAGUUUAUGACAGCGGUGUGAAUCCUAUGAAGACUCCUUCCAGUGUAGAAGCAAGUAACCUUCGUCAGGAAUUAGCAGCUAUCUGCUAUGAAACAAAUGUUUUAGGUUUUAAAGGCCCCAGAAAAAUGAGUGUGAUCAUUCCCGGUAUGAACAUGGAUCAUGAGAGAGUCUCAAUUAGACCACGAAACGAUCAUGAGUCUCUGCUUGCUAGGUGGCAGAACAAAAACACAGAGAGUGUGAUUGAGCUGCACAACAAGACCCCAGUCUGGAAUGACGACACCCAGUCCUAUGUCCUUAAUUUCCAUGGAAGGGUCACACAGGCGUCUGUCAAGAAUUUCCAGAUCAUCCAUGACAACGAUCCUGACUAUAUAGUGAUGCAGUUUGGCCGCGUGGCUGAAGAUGUUUUCACAAUGGAUUACAAUUACCCCAUGUGCGCGCUGCAGGCCUUUGCUAUUGCACUCUCUAGCUUCGAUAGUAAACUGGCCUGUGAGUAAGAUAAUGGAGAAGAUGUCCAAACUUUCCUCGAUUUGUGUGGACCAGGCUGAGAUCCCUGAAAUGGCCUGAAAUGCUUUAGACUUUUGUUUCCCGUGAAAAACUGCGGAGACUCAAAAGGUGAUGACGUCCGAUAUAGUGGCCUUUCCACUUUAUGGUUAUAUGGUGGUAAAGGCAAUAGAACUGUGCAAAAGCUGCACUGUUGAGUGUGAGCUGAACGCUGGUUUUUGACUGUUCAGGACACUAGCAGACAUAUCCCCUGUGGAUAGAAGAUAAGCACAAGGAGGAAUUCAAUGUUGCAUUGGGAUCAGCUUUUUAUAGAUCACAUCUUUAAUGACAUUUUUAUUAUGAUCCAUCUUUUCAUUUUAAUUGUUUGUAAGAGUGUUAUUUUCACCCCAUGUGAAUUUACAAAAAGUGAGAAAGCUAAGUUUUAUCUAAUUAACUUGUUAUAACUUAAGCCCAGGUUUGUCAUGUUUUCUCCUCCACCUGUUCUUAUGUAUAGUUAACAAAUUCAAAACAAGACCUUUCUUGGUUCUUCAAAA